AUGCUCCGUCCGGCUGCCUCGCCCUGGAGGUGCCUCGCCCGUCGCACAUCCGCCGGCCUCGUGCGGCGGACGCCAAUUGCGGCCCGAUGCAUUAACAUCACGGCAACGAAUGUCUCCACCGAGCCGGUGCUGGACCAGCAGGCGGAUGUGAGCCCCUCGGCGACGCCAAUUCCUUCUCCAGAUGCGCGCUUCGAAGUCGUCGGCUCGCCCUUCUCCCUCCUCUCCGUCUCCCUCGCCGCCUCGCAGAACCUCUAUACCCGCCGCGGGACAUUAGUCGGCCUCAGCGGCAAGGCCGAAAGCACACUCUCGACUCUUUCCUUCCUCGAGCCGUUCCGACGCGCGCCCGUCGGCAUCCCGUUCCUCUACCAGAAGGUGUCCUCUACAGGCCCCGUCACGGCUCUCAUAUCCACCAAAUCGCCCAUAUCUUCAAUCGUUACUGUGCAUCUGGAUGGAAGGCAGGACUGGAUCAUAGCGCAGCGGCAAGCGCUUCUUGCAUGGUCAGGACAGACGCUGUCUCUCAAGCCACAGUAUAAUGUCAAGCUUGGAGUAGCGAACUGGGGCAACACCUAUGUCACCGGACGGGGGCUGCUCGCGCUGGUGGGCAGCGGGCAGAUAUAUCAGGUCCAACUGAAGGCUGGCGAGAGCUAUAUUGCGCAUCCAAGCAAUGUCGUAGCAUACACUACCUCCUCCACUCCACCUCUCCCCUUCCGCUUCAAAUCUUCCAAUCUCCGGUUCCAAGUCCCAGAUCUCGGUUUCGGGUCCUUAGUCCAGAACGUCAAGUUCUUCAGGGUCAUGAGCCAAACGGCGACAUGGAGAACACUAGCCACAAUAUACCACACCGUGAAGACGUGGCUCCGGAGAUCAAUAUGGGGCGAUAGACUCUUCCUCCGCUUCGAGGGCCCAACAACUAUGCUCCUCCAGUCCCGCGCGUCCCGCAUCAGCGACGUCCUCACGCUCAAGGACGUCAACGAAAUAGCCGAGAGUCCGCCUGGCGCCGUCCAAGACGCAGUGACGAGGAAGAUCAAGGAAGAGAUCAAGGAAAUCUCGGCAGGCACCCCGACACAGACACGCCUUGCAUCGCAGGAUGCAGAUGGCACCACAGUCCGGUACGCCACCAUCCGGCACGGAAAAGCCGAGUUCGAGAAGCCGUCAUGA